GGCACUGUGCGGUAUAACAGGGUGUUCCAGCUGGCACCCAAUAAAUAAUUUUGAUAGCUUGGAUUUCACACUUACACCUCACCUCACUUACAUAAACCCAGCUCACUCAACGAGCUUAUACUAGAUAGUAUCUACAACACGAGCUAUAAGCGUGUUCUUACCAAACUGACAUUCGAGAGGUUCAGUAUGAGUUAGAAUAAAUGAGUCCUUCAUCAACAACAAUAAGAUGCGUCGGCCGGACAGUACCGCGCCUGCUCCCGGGGUCCCAGGCCUUCCGCCUUAGACCUCUACAACGAGCCGUUCCGAGAAGCUGGCAGUUAAGCAAGACUCUUUAUUUUCCGCACAGCCGCCGCUUCUCAAGCCUCCCACCGGGGAAAAACACCGAACCCCAAUCUCCACCAAUAAACGAGCCGCAAACAGCCCAACAGCAGCAGCAGCAGCAGCAGCAGCAACCACCACCGCCGCCGCCCCCAAAACAACGCUCAACAUGGCGCGCGCAGAUCCUCUUCAACCUAGCCGGCAUCAGCGGCGUAAUCAUCACGGCAGUCGUGCUCAAGAGCAUACACGCCCAAGACGGCGCUGCCAAGAACGCCCCCAUGAACACCACCUCCUUCAGCCCCUUCACCAUCACCGCCAAAGAGCAGGUCUCGCCCACAGCCUUCGUGCUCAGCGUCCGCGCCGAGCAGCAGCAGAAACCACCACCACCGGCUCGGAAGAACGGAGAAGAGAGUUCUUCUUCUUCGUUGUUGCGCCGGUCCUGGGACCACGGUCUCUGGUCCGUCGAGAUCAAGCAGCCGCAGUUGCAGAUCGCGCGGCAUUAUACGCCGUUGCCUCCGACGAGUCUGUCGAUUGCCGGUGGUGAUGGAGAAGGGGAGGAGGAGGGGGAAUUGCGGUUUCUGAUCCGCAAGGUCGACGGCGGCGAGAUGUCGACGUACCUGUCGAAGCUGCGCGUAGGCGACAAGAUAUGGCUGCGGGGCCCGCACCUCGGGUUCGAUGUCGCGCGGCGGCUGGGCGAUGCCGGCAAACGAGUCGUGUUUCUUGCCGGGGGCACGGGGAUAGCGCCCGCGUUGCAGGUUGCGCGGCGGGUGCUGGACGGUCACGGCUCGGCGACUUUAGGGGAGGAUAAACCUACCGUCUCGAUCCUGUGGGCGAAUCGGUACGCUGCCGACGCGCUAGGGCGGCAACAACAACAGAAGCAGCAGCAGCGUUCAUCUAAUAAGACCGAUCGGCAUGCCUUACAAACACCAGCAGAGUCGUCCCUCGCGCUCCAGAUCCGCGAGCUACAACUCAAACACCCCGGCCACUUCCGCAUCUCGUACUUCGUCGACGAGGAAAGACAUUUCAUCAAAGAACAGGAUCUCCACCUCGCUCUAACAGACUCCUCCUCCUUCUCCUCCUCCUUCUCCUCCUCCUCCUCCUCAUCACCAACCCCCAUCCUCCCCGCCUCCCCGUCGUGUCCAUGGCAUUCUCCAGCGCAGCUCGUAGCCCUUCCCGACGACAACGACGCCGGACGACAUUCUUCGCCUUGUACCUGCGCACGGGACCACCCAUCAUCAUCUUCUUCUUCCCCGCAGACCAAGACAGGCGCAGAUCUGAUCUGCGUGUCCGGGCCGGACGGCUUUGUGGCGGCGUACGCGGGGCCGAAGCGCUGGUUUGGGGGAACCGAGAGGCAGGGCCCCGUGCGUGGGAUGCUGGAGAAGAUAAUGCGGGAUGGGGGAGGUAAGACGGGAGGGGCGGGGCGGAAUUGGCUUGUUCUUAAGUUGUAGAUAGGUGGUAUAAUGCCGGAAAGGGGGGGAAGAAGUUUAUGUAGUGUGCAGGCUGAGCUAAGGGGGAUGGAUAUUAUAUAGAAUUCGCUCGCCCGGCAAGGUGAUUGAUUGCGUGUAUUAUUUAUAUAAGGGGAUUUAUCUAGGGGAAAGGGCCAGUGUGGGAUAUAGAACGUGUAUAAGACGCGCAUGGGUUUAUAGAUGGAUGUAUGAAGGGCGUAAAGUACCUAUCUAUUGUGCUACGUUAUCUUAUAGGGUGUAUAAGCUAUAAACUAUAGAUUUUAAGAUGUAGAUCUCACAGUUAUAAAAAAAAA